AUGUCCUCUGGCUCUUCUGCUCCCUGCAGUUCUGAGAGCUCUUCUGCCUCAAACCCCCAGGUCCCCGUCUCUGUAGACGAACCUGCAUCUGCGGCUGGGCCCCGCCUGAUUUUCGCGUCGGGCACCAUUCCGUGUUUCUUGACCUCGGAGGAACUCCUUCUGAUAAGGAUUCAGUAUGGAGUCCCUCCGGAGUACGACUUAGAGCUGCCAGGCCCUUCUGACCGGCCGCCCUUGCAGAUUGGGCACCAGCUCUUCACCUAUAUCGAGGCGGUGAGCCGUGCGAGGAGAGACAUCCUCCAGACGGAGGAACGCUGCCAGACCGAGAGCUUUGCUGAACUGGAAUAUUUACUUGUGGGACUAAUGUCGGCACUUCCUUAUUUGUUGAUUCCCAUUAAACUCGUUGGAGAUGCCGACAAAGGCAGGUGUUGGAAGGAUCGUUACUGGGUGAAGGGAAAUCUUUGGAUUAUGAUAUUCAGUUUUGUAGGUAACUACUUCUUGACUCACUAUUUCUUCACGGUACUUGGAGCAUCUUAUACCUUUCCGUCAUGGACGAUGAACAAUGUACCGCAUGCCACGUUCCUUCUUGCUCAUUGUUGUUUCAUAUUAUACCACACUGUGUCUAAUAUGACAUUACGGAGGGUCCGCCAGUACACUGCUUGCUUACCGUACACGAGUCGAGUGGGCACCGAAGCUGCAUGGAUUUUACUCUUUGGCUAUUUCAUAGCAUACUUGGAAACUUUAGCCAUUUCAAAUUUCCCUUAUUAUGAUUUUGUUGAUCGAGCAUCAAUGUACAAAACAGGUUCACUAUUUUAUGCAAUGUAUUUUAUUGUGAGCUUUCCCAUGUUCUCAAGGAUAGAUGAGAUACCUGGUGAUCGGUGGGAUCUGAAAAGAGUUGCUGUGGAUGCAUUGGGUGCUUCCAUGCUCGUCACGAUAAUAUUGGAUCUGUGGCGGCUAUUUCUAGGACCUAUUGUUCCAGUCCCAGAACCAAAGCAGUGUUCGCAACCUGCGCUCGUGUGGUUUGGGAUUCCGGAGUGA